AUGGCUUCAAAUCAAAUGUCAGCUACAACCCGUGCAGCGGCGACUAAUGAUGCUUUAUACAAGGAAUUGUGGCAUGCAUGUGCUGGACCCCUUGUCACUCUUCCUCGUGAAGGAGAGAGAGUUUAUUACUUCCCUCAAGGUCACAUGGAACAGCUCGAGGCGUCUAUGAAUCAGGGAUUAGAGCAGCAAAUGCCCUCCUUUAAUCUUCCUUCUAAAAUACUAUGUAAAGUGGUCAAUAUUCAUCUUCGGGCUGAACCUGAAACAGAUGAAGUAUAUGCACAAAUAACUUUGCUACCUGAAUCCGAUCAAAGUGAGGUGACAAGCCCAGAUGAUCCUCUGCCUGAACCUCCAAGACAUGCAGAUGAUUGUUUACCACCACUGGACAUGACUCAGCAGCCACCGUGGCAAGAAUUGGUGGCAACUGAUUUGCAUGGGAGUGAAUGGCAUUUUCGACAUAUUUUUCGUGGGCAACCUAGGCGCCACUUACUGACCACUGGGUGGAGUGUCUUUGUCAGUUCCAAGAAAUUAGUAGCUGGAGACGCAUUUAUAUUCUUAAGGGGUGAAAAUGGAGAGCUCCGAGUUGGAGUCAGGAGGCUCAUGAGACAGCAAAGCAAUAUGCCAUCUUCUGUUAUAUCUAGUCACAGCAUGCAUCUUGGUGUUCUGGCCACUGCAUCUCAUGCCAUUUCAACUGGAACAUUGUUUUCUGUUUUUUACAAGCCCAGAACAAGCCGGUCAGAGUUUAUUGUGAGUAUUAACAAAUAUCUCGAAGCUCGGAAUCAUAAACUUUCUGUUGGAAUGCGAUUCAAAAUGAGGUUCGAGGGUGAUGAAGUACCUGAACGAAGGUUUAGCGGUACAAUUGUGGGUGUAGAAGAUAAUAAAUCGUCCGUCUGGGCUGAUUCUGAGUGGCGAUCAUUAAAGGUUCAAUGGGAUGAACCAUCAUCAAUUUUGCGUCCGGAUAGAGUUUCUCCAUGGGAAUUGGAGCCACUUGUAUCUACCCCUCCCGCAAACUCCCAGCCAGCCCAACGAAACAAGAGAUCACGGCCUCCUGUUCUACCUUCCACAUUGCCUGAUUCUUCUUUGCAAGGUAUAUGGAAAUCACCAGUUGAAUCUCCACCAUUCCCUUAUCGUGACUCUCAACACACUCGAGACCUCUAUCCAUCCCCAAGAUUCAGCUCUACUGCAACUAGCUUUCUUGGUUUUGGUGGGAACAGUCCCGCUUCUAACAAGUCAAUAUAUUGGUCUAGUAGAUUGGAAAACUCUACAGAACCUUUUUCACCUAUAGCACUUAAAGAAUCCGGAGAGAAGAGACAAGGCACUGGAAGUGGCUGUAGGCUCUUUGGGAUUCAGUUACUUGAGAAUUCUAAUGCAGAAGAAAGUCUGCAAGCAGCUUCUUUGUUAAGAAGGGUUGGUGAUGAUGAGUCUGACCAACAUUCUGAACCAUCAAAUGUUAAUCGGUCUGAUAUUCCUUCAGUAAGUUGUGAUGCUGACAAAUCAUGCCUGCGGUCUCCUCAGGAGUCGCAAAGCAGACAAAUAAGAAGCUGCACAAAGGUUCACAUGCAAGGUAUGGCUGUUGGAAGGGCUGUGGAUUUAACUCGUUUUGAUGGAUAUGAAGAUCUGCUUAGGAAAUUGGAAGAGAUGUUUGACAUUGAGGGCGAGCUUUGUGGACCAACAAGAAAAUGGCUAGUUGUUUACACCGACAAUGAAGAUGAUAGGAUGAUGGUUGGGGAUGAUCCAUGGCUUGAAUUUUGUAGCGUUGUGAGGAAAAUUUUCAUCUACACACCCGAAGAGGUGAAGAAGCUUUCACCCAAAAUAGGUCUUCUGACCAAUGAAGAAGGUAAACCAAGCAAACUGGAUUCUGAUGCAGUUGUCAAUCUGGAGGACCAGUCAUCUAUUGUGGGACCUGGUUGCUAA